CGUCUGGCCGCCAGCCGGCCGAGGGCCGAGGGCCGAGCGCGUCGCUCCCGCGUCCCCACACCGAGCCCGCCUCGCGUAGGCUGUCGCGGCGGUUGCCCGGGGCUUAGCGGCUCUCGUGUCCCCCUGGCUCCGCGGCUGCCUGGCCCAAUGGCGCCUCAGCGGAGGGGACCACCCAGAGUUCCGGAGGGAAGCUCUGCAGCCGAGCGCCGGCGCGCGAACGGCACCAAGAAGGACCGGCUGCCUCGGGAGGCACAGAGGACAUGGCUAAGGACUGUGGCCCUUGGAGUAGGUCUUGCUCUGAUCACAUUCCUGCUCUGGAGUAGUCUGGGGAUUGAUGACGAUGUUGCUGAAGUCUUGGCCCGUCGAGGUGAGGUCCUAGAAGGCAGGUUCAUUGAGGUUCCCUGCUCUGAGGACUAUGAUGGUCACCGAAGAUUUGAAGGCUGCACCCCCAGGAAGUGUGGCAGAGGUGUCACUGACAUGGUGAUCACCAGGGAGGAGGCCGAGCAGAUUCGCAGAAUAGCAGAGAAGGGGCUCUCCCUAGGUGGAUCGGAUGGAGGGGCAUCUAUCCUGGACUUGCACUCUGGGGCCCUGUCUGUUGGGAAACAUUUUGUGAACCUGUACAGAUACUUUGGGGAUAAAAUACAAAAUAUCUUCUCUGAGGAGGACUUCCAGUUAUAUAGGGAUGUGCGGCAGAAGGUCCAGCUCACCAUUGCCAAAGCUUUUGGCAUCAGUGCAUCCUUGCUGUAUCUGACAAAGCCCACAUUCUUCUCCCGAAUCAAUAGUACGGAAGCCCAGACGGCUCACGAUGAGUACUGGCAUGCACACGUAGACAAGGUCGAGUCUCUUUCUUUACCUCAGGCUCUGAGAACCUGCACCGGGUGGAGAAGGUCCUGUGGGGCACCCGCUAUGCCAUCACCAUCGCUUUCACCUGCAACCCUGACCAUGGCAUCGAGGACCCAGUACUCACGUAACGAAGCUAGGUUGGGUCCUGAGGACCAUGUGUGGAAGCCUGUUGGUGGUGCUCCCGUGUGGGGACCCAGCCUCGUCAACAAAGGCACUGUGAGGCCAGGUCAAGUGUGUGCUCACUCUCCCCAUUUCAGCCCAUUGCUGCUGGACAGAGUGCCUUAUGAAUUAGCCUGAAUUUGAUUUGCUGAUGUUUUAAUCUUUUCAUCUGUGAGUAAACCAAGGAAAGAGCCUCUCA